GAUUCAAGCCGGGAAAUUAAUUUUUAGCUUCUCUUGCCAUUUUUUUUUUUUUAUUAUUAUUACCUUUUUCGGCUUUUAUAAAGUUAGGAUUACACCUCCAUUUACUUGUGUCUAUUAAAAAGAGCCGCCUAAUGUAAACUAGUUAUUAACUACAAGAAAGAUGUCGUCCGAUGAUGCAGAAAAACAAAGCAGUCAAGGUCGCGUAGAAGGAACUGUGACAGGUAUUCAAUCUGGAGCUGUUGACGUACUUGGUGCAACCGGAUCAGUAGUUUUUGCUGCGUUUAUAAUCAUUGCAGCCAUUGGUGUACCAAUUGCCAUGCUAAUUAUAGGUGCUAAUAAUAUUCACAACUGUCCUGUUCAAGAUCUUAUUCCAAUUUAUUUGAUUGUUAGCGGCAUCACAGCUCUCAUAAUGGUUCCUAUUUCGAUCGUCUGUGGUGCAAGUACUAAAGCCCUACCAGAGGAAAAUGCUCUUCGAAAUUGCUUAUCGUGGAUUAACCCUUUCUUCUUUGGCUUAGUUAGUUUAUUCUCCUUCGCUUGGUUUUUUUGCGGCAAUGUAUGGGUAUUUCGACAAUACGAGCCAUCCUACGUACCGGGAAACAACUAUUGCGACGAAACGACGUAUAAAUUCGCCUUUUGGUUCAUCAUUAUGACGUACGUCUGCACGUUUCUUAGUUGUUGUUGUUCCUGCUGUUUUAAACGACGUUCAACCUAUAAUCAAAUAAAGUAAAUUUAGGUUGUAUUGAUUUAUUUAUUGGAUUAAAAAUAUUGAGAUUAUUGCAGAAUAUAAGUAAGUUCUGACGCCAAAUAA